UAAGCCACCCUCUACCAACUGAGAAAAACCAUGAUAGAGAUAUGAAUUCAUUGAAAAACAUAUUAACAAACGUAAUUGGGUUCUUCUACUAACAAUAUUAUAUUUGGGUUCUUUUAUUUUUAUUUUUUAAUUUGUAUGUUGUUUUCGCAGAGUGACAGACGGCUAAUGAAAGGAGACUAUAUUUUUUACUUAACUCAGAGCACUCAAUUUCUUCUUCUUCUCACAAACAUAUAGCCAUUUUUGAGACUGCUAAAGCUUUUUUCACUAAAAAAAAAAGUCAACAACCUCUUUGCUUUGCUUUGCUUCUGAUCUGUUGGUUUUUUCUUUUCCUUCUGUAAUCGGAAACAAUGCCUCUAGCACAGAUCUUUCUCUCUGGCUUCGUCAAAUUGCUGUUUGAGAAGAUGACCUCUUUUGCAUCCUCGAAAUUACCUGCCUUUGAAGGUAUUGAUACCCAGCUGACCAAUUGGACCAAGAUGCUGCGCCAAAUUGAAGCUGUUCUGAUUGACGCAGAGGAGAAGUAAAUGACAGUUCCAGCCGUGAACCUAUGGCUUGACGAUCUCCAGGAUCUGGCAUAUGAUUUGGAUGAUUUAGUGGAUGAGUUCGCCACCGAAGCUUUGCAACACAAGCUCAAGGCAAAGCCACGCUAAGCUAGUUCUAGCAAGGUAUGGAACCUUAUCCCUAAUUUCAAGCCAACAGAUGUUAUCUUUAAUUUUAGAAUGAAGUCCAAGAUUGAGGAGAUCAAUACCAGAUUGCACAAUAGUUUUGAACAAUGUUCGAAAUUUAAUUUGGUUAAGAUUGUUGGAACCACCACACCUACUAAGACUUGGCAAAUACCAGAGUCUACAUCUUCAUUUGAUGAACCUCGCGCUUACAGCCGAAAACACGAUCAGAGUAAGAUAAUUAAGUUGCUUGUAAAGGGGGAUGAAUCAAGUGAUAACAACAUUGGAGUAAUUCCCAUUGUGGGUAUGGGUGGGAUUGGCAAGACCACCCUCGCUCAGAUGGUAUACAAGGAUGAAACUGUGAAGGAGUAUUUCAAUCUGAAAGCAUGGGUCUGUGUGUCAAAUGAGUUUGACAUUAUGAAAAUAACAAAAACUAUUUAUGAUUCAGUGACUUCCCAAACAUGUAGUUUUAAUAACUUGGAUCAAGCUCAAGUUGAACUACAGAAGGCUUUGGCGGGAAGGAAGUUUUUAAUUAUUUUAGACGAUGUCUGGAACGAAGACUACAAUGCUUGGAAUGUUUUGAAGAAACCUUUCAAUGAUGGAGCCCAAGGGAGUAAAGUCGUGGUGACAACACGUAACAGAGACAUUGCAACAAUGAUGGCAACUGUUGAACUCCAUAACGUUAAGAUCCUAUCAGAUGAGGAUUGUUGGUCAUUGUUUGCACAACAUGCCUUUGCGAAUACAAGUAUUGAUGCAAAUCCAAAUUUGGUAUCAAUUGGUAAGAAAAUUGUGGAGAAAUGUAAAGGUUUGCCUCUCGCUGCUAGGACACUCGGUGGCCUUUUACGCAACAAAGUACGAGAUGAGGAAUGGGUAAAUGUAUUGCGUAGUAAAAUAUGGGAUUUACCACACAAUAAAAGUGACAUCCUUCCUGCUUUGAGAUUAAGCUACCAUGAUCUUCCUUCGCAUUUAAAGCAGUGCUUUGCAUACUGCUCAAUAAUACCCAACGACUAUGAAUUUGAGGAAGAGGAGCUAGUCCUAUUGUUGAUGGCAGAGGGCUUCAUUAUACAACAAAAAGAGAAGCAAAUGGAAGAUGUAGGAGCUGAGUACUUCCAUGAAUUAUUGUCAAGGUCUUUUUUCCAACCAUCUAGUACCAGUAAAAGCUCUAAAUUUGUGAUGCAUGACCUCAUCAAUGAUUUGGCUCAAGUAGUUGCAAGAGAUACUUGUUUUAGAAUAGAGGAUAGAUUGAAAGAUCAAGACCAGUACAAGAAUCUAAAGAAAGCUCGACAUUCAUCUUACAUGCAGCAAUACUAUGAAGGUAUGAAACAAUUUGAGAUCAUUGAUAAAGCCAUGCAUUUACGGACUUUCUUACCAUUUGGCAUAAAAUAUAGAUUGGGUUAUAAUUUGGCAAGCAAUGUUCCCCUUAAUCUAUUCCCAAAACUAAAACGCUUGAGGGUGCUCAGUAUGAGUAGAUAUUUCAUCACAGAACUUCCAAAUUCGGUUGGAGAUUUGAAACAUCUGCGGUAUCUUAACCUUUCCUACAGCCAUAUAAAAGAAUUACCUGAAUCACUAGGCUCUCUCUACAAUCUACAAACAUUGAUGUUAAGAGAAUGUAAAAAACUAAAAAAGUUGCCUUUAGAUAUGGGAAACCUAAUUGACCUACGUCAUCUUGAUACUACAGGUGCAGAUUCCAUAGAAGAAUUGCCAAUGAGAAUAGGUAAGUUGGUUAGUCUUCAUACACAGUCCAAUUUUAUUGUUACUAAAAACAAUGGGCUUCAGAUAAAAGAGUUGGGGAACUUAAUUUAUCUACAGGGGAAGCUUUGCCUAUCUGGACUACAGAAUGUAGUGAAUCCUCUAGAUGCAAGGGAGGUGAAUUUAAAUGAUAAGAAAGGGGUUAUAUGUGUUAUCAAUGAAAUGGAGUGUUAACUCAGAUGAUUCAUGAGAUGGAAGAGUUGAAACAGAAGUGCUUGACAAGCUACAACCUCACAAGAAUUUAAAAGAGCUCCAUAUCAAAGGCUACCUUGAUACAGGAUUUCCAACUUGGAUAGGAGAUUCCCUGUUCUCCAAUAUGGCUAACCUAAGUUUAGAAAAUUGUGGAAAUUGUGCAUCCUUUCCACCACUCGGACAACUACCCUCCCUCAAAAAGCUUUACAUUAAAGGAAUGAGUGUACUAAAGCAUGUCGGUUGUGAGUUCUACGGGCAAGGUGGUGUUCAACCUUUUCCAUUACUAGAGACUCUAAGCUUUGAAAAUAUGCUAGAAUGGGAGGAUUGGUAUACUUUUGAAGAUCACAAGGAAGUUCAACCAUUCACACGUGUCAAGUAUCUCUCCCUAAUAAAAUGUCCUAAACUUGUUAAAAUGUUGCCUACUAAUCUACCUUGUUUGAAUAAUCUAAAGAUUUCAGAGUGCCCGCAAUUCCUAGUUUAAGGUUCCAGCAUUAGCCUCCCAUCACUCACCUGUAUAGCUAUGAAUGGCGGCCCUCUAACAAGCCUUGAAACGGUCCUUGAGAUGGGGAGUAUGGCUGAUGAUGAAGUGAUAUCGGCAAAUGCAAAGUGUAAGCAUCCGAGUUUAAUAACUUCCUUGAGCAUUGGGAUGAUCAAGAAACUUGAGCUCUUGCCGAAAUGGGUUACUCAUGGGCUAAUGGAACUCAAAGCAUUGAAGAUUACAAGUUGUGAAGAACUUAAGACACUGUGGAAGGAUGAGGUGAGAGUGCAGCACAGUCUCCUUGCAUUCCGAAGUUUGCAAAUUAGAGGUUGUCCCCAACUUGUUUCAUUGUUUGAAGAAGAUAAGGAUGAAGAAAAUGAAGGGCAACAUCAGCAACAACAAGAAGAGGGACUCCCUUGCAUAGCGAGGCUUGAGCAUCUAAGAAUAUAUAAUUGUGAAAAGUUGGAGAAACUGCCACAGCUGCUACAUACCUUCACUUUUCUUCAAGAGUUGUAUGUCUAUAACUGUCCAAGUCUCGGCUCUUUUCCAAAGACAGGUUUUCGUGCACGCUGAAAACACUCAAGAUAUGUAAUUGUGAGGCUCUGCAAUCCUUAUUUGGGUGGAUAACACAAAUUAAUGACAAUAAUCUUGAAGUGUUAACGUUUGAGAAUUGUCCAUCCCUCACAUGCUUGAUAUUGUGCAGAGGUGGGGGGCUACCACCCACACUCAAACACCUUGAGAUUGAGAGGUGAAAAAAGUUGGAGGCACUGCUAGUAAAUGAGGGGAUGGAAAUUAACUGUCCAUCUCUUGAGUCUGUUCGGAUCUGGGGUUGUUAUAUGCUCAAAUACUUGCCAGAUGCCCUUCCUAAUAAUAAUAAUCUCAGGAAUCUCAGUCGAUUGAUCUUGUAUGGGUGUAAGAAUUUGGAGUACAUUCCGGAAGGAUGGUUCCACUCCGCAACAAAUCUAACAUAUUUGAAUAUCAGGGGAUGCCAAAAACUGAAGGCCCUACCACACAAAUUGCAGAGCAUCAACUACCUCACUUCUCUUCAAGAGUUGUAUUUGAAUAUUUCAGAAUGGAACAACUUCAAGAAGAUUGGUUUGCAUAGUUUAUCCUCUCUUAAAAUCUUGUUGAUUGAAGGCAAAGACGAAGAACAUUCAGUGGGUUCCAGCUUUCCGAUAGAUGGGAUGUUGCUGCCCACCUCUCUGAUCGAUCUUCAUAUCUCAGGUUUCCGAAAUCUGGAGAAGCUAUCUUCUAAGUUGUUUCAAAAUCUCGCCUCUCUUGAAUUUCUUAAAAUCGGUGGUUGCCCUAUGCUCAAAUCUUUACUAGUGCAAAGGUUGCCUCCCUCACUUAAGAGAUUGUUGAUCAUCGGGGGAAGUCGGAAACUAACAGGGAAGUGUGAAAAGGGGAAAGGCAAAUAUUGGCCCCACUUAGCUCACAUUCCUUGUGUCGACGUUGAUGGUUGAUGAUUGAUGAUUCUCAGUUCUAAACCAUGUGGAAAUUCCCAUCGCAAUACAAGCAAUCAAAUUGCCAGAUAUGUGCUUUCAAGGAUUGGAAUACAAAGAGAGGCAUAUUCUGUUAGAUUUCCUUGCCUGCUUUUAUUUCCCGAAGGAACCACAACAAAUGGAAGAGUUCUCAUUUCUUUCCAACUUGGUGCAAUUGUCCCUGGAUAUCCUGUCCAUCUAGUGAUUGUUCGUUAUCCCCAUGUACACUUUGACCAAUCCUCGGGAAAUAUAGCUUUGGGAAAGCUCAUGUUUAGAGUGUUCAAAGUUUCACAAUUUCAUAGAGGUAGAGUAUCAUCCUGUUAUCUUACCUCUUGAAAAUCAGGAGGAAAAUGCUGCCCAUUUUGCUUAGAGGAACAACAUAUCUCUAGUCUAGUCUUAGAUUGAAUCCUGGAUUGCUGAGUCUUGCUUGGUUACACUAACUGUACAAACAUUUCAUUCCUAUGGGGACAUCAUGUUGCUUGCAAAAGCUUCCGAGUCCAAACAGGAAAAUCCCUCACUACAUACUGUUGAAAUGGCAAAUGUGGAAUCAACAUUCGAUUUAAGCAGUUCAAAAGCUAUGGACUUUCUGGAUACAUUUCUAUCCAUGAAUCCAAAUUCCAGACAGGUUAGAAUCCACGAUUUCUUCAGGGUCCUGAGAUUGAAAGCUUGUAAUCUUUCUGAAAAGAAAGGGAGAGAAUACUCUUUAUACUUACCCAAGCGGUGAAAAUUUGUCCAUUGGUCUGCCUUGAUCUGAGUUUGCAAGUCUGAGCUUGAAAUCAACUAUACAUGGAUCGCAAUUGCAAAGCUAUUAUGCUCCCAAAAAGACAGAUUUGGGAAUUGGGGACCAUCUUUUGGUUUGUAUUCUUUUUGCUCCAGAUAAGUACACUAAAGUUUGAUCAAUUUAAUAGUUCAUCAUGACUCAAGCUGGUUCUCUUUGAGAUACUCAGCAUAAUAUUGACUUAACCUAAAAUCUUGUUUUCUAUAUCCUUGUCCAUAACAGUUCUUAUGGGAACUUAACUUUAAUAGAAACCAUAUUUAUGCAAUUUUAUGGAGGUCGUUGACUAAAAAUGGGCCGACGAACAACACACAGCUUUGUUGUGACCUAAAUUGGUUUUUGCACAAAUGCAUUUGUUUAGGUUGUCAAUUUUGUGUAUUUUUUGUUUUGGGGAAGUUUUCACUUAUCAAUUACAGAUUUCCUGAUUUAUAUGCUGCUGUUUGUUAUGGUAAGUUUCUACUCCUUUCUGAUAUCUAAAUUUGAGCUGAACUCAAAUUUGCUAUCUUUGGCAAUUGCAUAUUUUUCUUUAUUAAUUUCGUGUUUUACAAGGAAUUAAAUUUGAUUGCAUAACUUCCUAGUGGUGCAAGUCACCUUGUACAGUAGAUAGACCUACCAUGUUAUACAUUCUUGGUGCUUUUAGCAGAUUGCCUUCCCUAUGAAAAGCAAAAACUACAAUGUUGGAUUAGAUUUAUA